AUGCAAUUCUCAACUGUCGCUUUAUUAUUCGCCGCUGCCGUUAACGCUGCCACCGUUACUGAAACUGAUUUAUCAUCAACUUUAGUUACCAUUACCUCAUGUGGUCCAGAAGUCACUGACUGUCCAGCUAAACCAGAAGUUGAAGUUUCCAACUCAACUGUUGCUAACGUUUCAACUUGGGAAGGUGCUGCUAACAAACAAUUCGCUGUCGGUGCUGCUGCUUUAGCUGCCGGUGCUUUAUUAGCUUUAUAA